AUGAUCUUCCAAGCCUCUCCGCCGGUGGCUGCGCAUGCCCUCCACCACCAUUCCAACUCCAAGGCCUCCUUUAAUUCUUUCAUGAACAUUGUCUACUACGUCUCGUCGGCGUUCGUCUGUGUCCUGGUCCUCGGCGGCAUCGGCUUCUGCAUCUACUGUUGCCUUCUCUACCUGCAAAUAGCCAGCCGGCGGUUCGCGGCGUUUCUAUGGCGGCUGGGGUUCUUCGACCGGGCGCUGCACGCAAUCGAGGAGAGGAAGAAGAAGAAGAUCUUGAAGAGCCUUCCUCCCCUCGUGGAGUAUUUGCCCCGUGAAGGGGCCAUAAAUUGCAGCGCCUGCGCCAUUUGCUUGGAGGAUUUCAGGGACGGCGAGCUCUGUCAGGUCCUUCCUCUCUGCACCCACGCCUACCACUCGGCUUGCAUUCGGCCGUGGUUGAUCAACAACCAGAGAUGUCCGACCUGCCGGACCCCUCUUUCAGGUAAGACAAAGGUGGUGAAUGUGUAA